UAGAUACUGUGUAACUCAUUCAUUGUCCCACAUACUGCUUAAUAUACACCCUCAACACUCAAGCUAACUUCAAGCUAGACGAAACCUAGCAAAGACUGAUCAUCACAACCGAUAGCGGCAGUAGGUCUCUUUUGUUCAAACUAGUGGAAAUUCUUGCUUAUCAGAUGAUUGAAACAUCAAAUAUCACACGUAAAACAGUUACAGAAUUUGGUUGUAUAAAGAAUGACAGUAAAAUUGACCGGUACAUAAAUGAUCAUUCUUUACGUUUAUCAGACGCUCAAAAAUGGCUUUUAAAGAAAACAAAAGAUGAUCCCAAAGCAUAUUACUUAAUAUCAAGUCUUGAAAUGCAACUUUUAUCGAAUAUGUGCUAUGCAAUAAAUGCCAGAAAAACAAUUGAUAUUGGAGUUUAUACUGGAUAUAGUACACUGUCUAUCGCUGAAGUAUUACCUUCAGAUGGUUGUGUGUUAGCCUUAGAGAUAACAGAUACUUAUCUAAAAGAUUAUUGUAUACCGGCUUGGAAAAUGGCAAAUGUCGAAUCGAAAAUUGACUUUCGACUUGGUGCAGCAACUCAAACACUACAAAAUUUGAUUGAUAAUGGACAAAGUGAAACAUUCGAUUUUGCUCUUAUUGAUGCUGAUAAACAAAAUUAUAGUAAUUAUUAUGAAUUAUGUCUUAAACUGAUCCGACCUCGUGGUAUAAUUGCAAUUGAUAAUGUCAUUUGGUCCGGGCUUGUGGUCGAUGAGACCGAUCAAACUUCCGAAACUGUUGGUAUAAGGAAAGUAAAUGACUUGAUAGCUGGAGAUAAUCGUGUACGAAUCUCUUUGCUAAAUCUUGGAGAUGGGUUAACAAUAGUUGUGAAAAAAUGAUCUUUGGGAUACAUAUUCUACAAACAUACACAUGUAUUUGUAUCUACAUUCAUGUUGAUACAUAUACGUGGAUAUCGAUCUAGGUUGACAUUCAUUUUUUGGUAUAACCGACAUUACGUAAUCAGUUUAUUAUUUUUCGAAAUGUGAUUUCAUUUUCCAAUAUUAAUGAUAUUGUAAUAAA